CUGUCUGAACACUCUAGGAUUUCCCAAAUUUUAGCGCAUUCUUUAUCCCUGACUUGAUAUCCAACCAUGCAGCGGAGAACAAGAGGAGUCAACACUGGACUUAUUUUGCUUCUUUCCCAAAUCUUCCAUGUUGGAGUCAACAAUAUCCCACCUGUCACCCUGGCAACAUUGGCCCUCAACAUCUGGCUCUUCUUGAACCCUCUGAAGCCUUUGUAUGACUCUUGUCUCAGCGUGGAUAACUGUUACCACAAGAAAGACUGGCAGCGCUUACUGCUUUCACCCCUUCACCAUGCAGAUGAUUGGCAUUUGUAUUUUAACAUGGCGUCCUUGCUGUGGAAAGGCAUCAGCCUGGAGAGAAGACUAGGAAGCAAAUGGUUUGCCUACCUCAUCACCACAUUUUCUCUCCUCACUGGGGUGGUGUACCUAAUCUUGGAAUUUGCUCUUGCAGAGUUUAUGAAUGAUCCUGACUUCAAGAGGAGCUGCGCCGUGGGCUUCUCAGGAGUUUUGUUUGCAUUGAAAGUUCUUAACAACCAUUAUUGCCCUGGAGGCUGUGUCAAUGUCCUGGGCUUUCCUGUACCCAACAAAUAUGCUUGUUGGGCAGAACUUGUGGCCAUUCAUUUCUUCUCACCAGGGACUUCCUUCGCUGGGCAUCUGGCUGGAAUCCUUGUGGGGCUAAUGUAUGUUCAUGGGCCUCUGAAGAAGAUCAUGGAAGCAUGUUCAGGCAUUUUUUCCUUGAAUGUUCAUUACCCAGGACAGCAAUACCACUUUAAUAGCUCUGGCUACGCUGGAUAUCAGGACUAUUACCCUAAUGGCGGGCCCACAUACCAUGAAGACGUGCCCAGGAACUAUGAUGCCUACACUGCAGGGCUGAGUGAGGAGGAGCAGCUGGAGAGGGCGCUGCGAGCCAGCCUGCACGACCGAGGUAAGAAGAAAUUCCAGAAGCAACCCCCCACCCUACGGGUUCCGGCUCUCCCCAGAGGAGGAGAUGAGGAGACAGCGACUUCACAGAUUCGACAGCCAGUGAGGCGGUGUGGCAGCUUGGGCAUGUGUAGCCCAGCUGUGUGCUCACAGCCUGUUUGGUUCACCCCUCCAGCCCUCCUAAGUUUGAAACCAAAACAGAGCCCACAUCUAUGGCCCAUGUUGCUUCUGUCCACCUGGGUCGUCACUCCUGGGACCCCUGUGAGUCUGGACCCACCACCAGCUGGUGAACUCAUCUGGAAGCCUGGCUUGUGGACCACAACGCACAGCUUUCUGGGAGCAGCCCCUCUCCUGACAAGCAGAGGCCAGUUCUCCCACCUCAGGCCCAGUUUCCACUCUCUUUUCUCUCUCUCACUGGAGACCCAAUGUUCUGAAGACUGGCACCUCUGCUAGGAGGUCUGUCUUCAUGCCCCAGGAGGCCAGGCCCUCGUUCACCUCAGCGUGUUGCCCUUGGCAGAAAGUGAAGAGACAGGCUUCCUGGCAUGUCCCCAUGGCGACUCUAGGAACAGGAUUUGGCUACCUCUGCAGUGAGCUGUUCUGGUCUCACUCCUCCAGGGGCCUUGUCUCUGCUGGUCUCUGCUUCAGGUGGAGUUGAUGCUCUCUGUAUUGCCCUGCCUUUCUAGAAUGUUCCACAGAGUCUUAAGAAGAGCUCAGUGGAUGGGCACACCUCACACUGGACUCACACACUUACACCAGACCCAUCUCAACUGCCACACACGGCAUCUUUCUUCACAGAGAUGUGACUCAUAUUAAUUUGUAGCCCCAGGCACCACACCAAAGGCAGAGCUAGAGCAAAGGCAUCAUCAGGUGGGCGUGCCAAGGAGAAACCCUCUUGAGGAAGUGACUUUUCUCAAAGAAAGAGCCUUUUAAUGGGCCACUGUCACAGCCACGUUUUCUGCCCUUGUAACUGAAACACCACCCCUUAGGAUGUGAUAACCUACAGGCUGCCUAAGUCACUUAAAGAGUUUCCUGGUGCUUGUGUUUCAUGAAUAAAAGGAUGAAUACUACGGGCGUCUUAUUGUCACCAGGAUAUUUAUUUUUAAAGGGAGUUGGAAGCAGAAAUAGAUCUUCCCAUUUUGAUUUGUUUAAGCAUUUAUCGUUUCUGAGUCUGAGAGUAAUAUAUAUAUAUACAUUGUACAAGGCAAACAUGUUAAUAGAGGUUAACUUUGGAGUUAAAGUACAUGGAAUGUUUUUUCUCCACUUUGCUGUAAAGAUCUGUGCAUUUUUGCAGUAAGGAAAACCAAUUUAUAUAAUAAGAAAAUCCAGAGGAGGCAGGUGGUGGCACACCUGGUUCAGCACACAUAUUACAGUGCACAAGGACCUGGGUUCAAGCUUUUGGUUCCCACCUGCAUGGGGGAAAACUUCACAAGUGGUAAAGCAGUGCUGCAGGUGUCUCUCUCUCCCUUUAUGCUUUCAAUUUCUCUGUCGCUAUCCAAAAAUAAAUAAAAUAAAGUAUUAACGGGGCCAGGCGGUGGCACACCUGGUUAAGCGCACAUAUUACAGUGAGCAAGGACCCGGGUUCAAACCCCUGGUCCCCAUCUGCAGGGGGAUAGCUUCAUGAGUGGUGAAGCAGGGUUGCAGGUGUCUCUCUGUCUGCCCCCCCCCUCAAUUUCUCUCUGUCACUAUCCAGUAAGUGAAUAAAAUUAAAUUAAAAUGAAAAAAUAAAGUGUUAACAAAAGAAAAAUCUAGAGAUAAACAAGAAGAUGAACUUAACACGUAUUACCUGUCUACGGAGAAAAUCAACAAUAUAAGCAGAAAUUAAAAUAAAUUCAUGUACCACUGUAA